GCGCGGCGGCAGCGCCCGGCUCGGCCAGGAUGAAGAAGCACCACCCGCACUCGGUGCAGGGCACCUUCAGCCGCCUCUUCGGCAAACGCCACUCCAGCCCCACCGCCACGUCCCUGUUCGCCACCAACCCGCCCUGGAUCUUCACGCAGGAGGUGACCUCGGACAGCGCGGGUGGCACCGGUGAUGUGAUCGAGGUGUAUUACGGUGACAAUCGCUUCGGGACCCUGACAGACUCUGGCACAGCCACACUCAAACCCCGUCCGAGGGUCCGGCCGCUGCUGACGUUCCUGCCCCUGAACGCCCAAGAAUCCCAUGGGGUGGCUGUGCCAACGCCGUCGGUGCCAAAAGACUUUGAGGAAAAGGCAGCUCUUGGCUCUGGCUCCCAGCUCAAUGGCAAUUAUCGGAUGUACAGCUCGGUGGGGGACCUGCGCCCCCAGGCCCUCGAUGGGGAUGACCUGGAGGAAGACAUCCCCCCGCCGCCAUCGGUACCCCCACCACCCCCUCCGGCAGCGCCUGCGCCACCCCCUCUGGCCUCGCCGGUCCCUCCACCCCCCGAAAUGCUGCCGCCACCGCCGCCCGAGAUGGUGCCACCACCUCCUGCCAUGGCACCCCCGCCUCCUCCCGCCCCUGCCCUGUCUCCCCCCGGCACUCCGGCUCCUCCAGACUUCAUCCCGCCAGCCCCGCCGGGCGCCCGGGACCCCGCGCCCUUCGCCCCCGGCAUCUCCAAGUGGAAAUCCGAGACGGUGCUGAACACGAGGCAGGCGGAUGGCGAGGGGCCGCUCUGCCCUGCCGAGGCCGGGGUUCCCACAGCCCCCAGCCCCAAGGAGAGCCUGCAGCCCAAGCCCGAGCCCCACCUCACCUUCCCCAGGUCGUUCAAGGUGCCGCCGCCGGCCCCGGCGCGCUCCUCGUCCAUCCCAGUGCAGGAUGGCCAGCCCAGCCGGCAGGAGCCCGUCCCCAGGCAGCCCCACGCCCGGCCACCGCUCCCACCCUGCUUCACCAUCAGACCCGCCGCCAAGGCGCGGCUGGGAGAAGCCGAGCAGAGAAAUUCCGGGCUCAGACAGGGCGUUGGGAAGCCGGCUGUACCCCCUGCACUGAGCCCCAAGCCCGGCCCAGGGCUCAGCCAAGGGGCAAAUCCCGCCGGCCGCCGGUCCCCACUGCUGGGCUCCGAGGGGGAGAAGAUUCCCCAGCUGAAAACAGCCGGGAGAGACUCCCCUCCAAAAUCUGAACCUCUCACUGCCAACGACCUGGACCUCCCUCCUCCGGACUACCCGAUGUGUGAGGAUGACUGGAAGGAUGCCAACAACCUGAACAAGCUGCGGGACGAGCUGUCGGCCCUGCUGCGCUCCCCGCGCCGCGAGGAGAGGCCGCUGGAGAAGCCGGGUGCUCCCCGGCCCGUGGACAGCGCUCCCAGCCGUGCUGGCAGCCGUGAGCCGGGGCUCAGCGAGCCCCAGCUCGCCAGGAAGGACACGGGGUUAUCCAAGGGUGGGGAGAGUGAGAAGAAAGAGGCACCCAGCAGCCCCCCCAGCAGCAAUGGGGGCUCUCCCAGCGCUGCAGUCACCGCCCCGGAGAGCAGCCCUGACACACAGCCCCGCAGCGUGAUGACGAUCAGGAACGAGCUGGAGGCUGUGCUGUCCCUGAAGAAAGAGGGGAAAACUGCUGCGGGGCUCAGCAGCCAGAAGCAGGGUGUGGAGAAUGGCAUCAGCACCCCACAGGUGAGGAAGAGCCCCCCUGACAUGAGUGACUCAGUGGUGCCAAAAGCAGUCCCCAGCCCGCUCCCAGUGCCGGAGAAGGACGAGACAGAUCACGAGGACCAUCCUGCUGCUGCUGGCAAGGUGACAGAGGAUGUGAGCCCUGCUCCUGGGUCCCUCAACAGCAGCGUGAGUCCCCCAGAACCACCCCAGGGACCGGCAGAGGAGCCCCCUGCUCCCACCCCCUCCUCACCCGCUGUGUCCCCUGCACAGAGCCCGGCACCACAGCCCGGCUCCGCCGUCUUCCAGUACAAAGUGCACCGGGCUGGGGCCAGCUCUGCCGAGCCGCCCUGUGCCUCAGGCUCGGCCGAACCCCCCUGCCCCAGCAGCUCGGCCAGGAGCCCCCCGGACAUCUCUGGAGCGGGGCAGGAGGAGGUGCUGAUCCAUCCCGUGACGGGGGAGCGCGUGGAGCGGGGUUCGCCCAUGGCCCUGCUGCUGGCAGCCCGGCAGCGUGCCCAGCGGGGCCGCCAGGGCGGGGACGGGGCGCCGAGGGCGAAGCCGCCCCUGAGACUGAGCAGUGCCUCGUCGGACACCACCUGCCCCAGCUUCUUCCGCCACGAGUCCAAGCCCUACUCCUUCACCGUGGUGCCUCGGCCGGCUGCGGCCAGUCCAGCGGGGCCCGGCUGGAGCAAAGCCCCCUCGUUCUCCAGCUCCUCGGAGCAGGGCCGGGCCGUGCGGGCGGUGGGCGAGGCGCAGCCCCCCGGGCCCCGGCGAGCCGCUGCCUCCAGCCUGCUCCGGGGUUUGCUGGACUCGGGGCAGCCCAGCCAGCCCGGCCCGGCCCGUCACGGAGUGCCCAGGGAGGAGGAGAACGGGGAUGCGGCGCUGGACUUCGGGAUUAUCCCCCCACCUCCCGAAUUCAGCAACGAGGUGGACGAGGGACCCCUCCCGAGGCGGGAGGAGAACCACAAGUGCCCCAGUGUCCCUGACAGCAGCCGGCCCUCGGGCGAGCCGCGCUAUUUCAGGUGGUCUGGCUACAGCCGCGGCUACGGGAGCGACCAGGAGCCAGCAGCUCCUCUGCCCUUGGAGAAGAGCUGGAGGAACGGCGACUUCGCAGCGCAGUACCCGGACUACAGCAGCUCCACGAGUUUCCCCAGCCACGGCCCCAACCCACGCCCGCUGAUCAAGAAGCGCCUGUACAUGUCCGAGCCCGACAGCUCGUACCCCCGAGCAGCCGCGGCCCCCCGGGCCUCGGGCACCCUCUCCUCCACCCUCUCCUCCUACGGCCCCGGGGGUUUCAGCUCCACGGCCGGGGAGGGCUCUCGCCGCCUGGGCUCUGCCCUCAGGAACGGCCCCUCGAGCGCCCAGGGCAGGAGGGCGUCCACGGACGCUGCUGGGAAACCCGCGGCCUACGGCGGCACCGGGACUGACGCCAAGUACAAGGGGCAGAACGGGGACUUCUCUCCCGCCAGCGUGCUGACAGCCAGCAGGCCUGCCCACGGCGCCUCGCAGUACGGGGCACACUCCAACACCUUCACGGUCAGGCCCGGGACCCGCCAGCCCAUCUCCUACACCUACCAGAGCCACCGGUAGGCCGGAGCUCGGGGCUGCCCCGCCGGUGUCCGGCUGGGAAGGGGCGAGAAGGUGCCUGGGUCGGUCCUUUCCUUCUCUACGGGCACCAGGGACGGUCCCGACCCAGCCUGAAAAUGCACUUGCUUGAAACUGCUGAUGGAGAAGGUGGGGAAUGAGCCCGAGCCUUGGACUUUUCUCAAAGGACUGUCAUGGAGAGUAGUUACCGCUGCCUUGUUACGUGAGCAAACGUGGUUUCCCUUCUUCCCGUUUUCCCCUCCUGGAUUGUUUUCAGAAUUGCAGCCUGUUAGGCCAUCUAGGGCAUCCUCAGGUCUCUUUAAAGAGCAUCACCACUGGAAAGAUUGAUUUCGGUUUGGUUUUUUAUUGGUUUAACUCCAGCAUGUCUGGGUGCAGGGAGAAACCAACUGAGAGAUGUGCACAAUGGAGGCAAAGCAGUGGAUAGCUAAAUGUCAGGGAUUAAGAUAAGAAUGUAAGGCCAGUGGGAUAGGAGGAGAGUUUAGGAUGCCUAGAUCCUGACCCUUUCUGUCCUUCAAGAGUUUGGAGCAAAUCAAUUCUGCCUUAAACCCAGUCAGUGCCUGUCCUGCCGAGCCGGGCUCUGCCCCCUUCUCCAGGAGCAGCUUCGGGAGCAGGGGCCUUGCUUUGCUGUGCCUUUUGGUCACUGGAAAUGUUUCUGUUGGUAAUUAUUCCUCAUGGAAGGGAGGCUGUGAGGCCUGGCUGGAUGGCUGUAAAGCACUUUGGAGAUGUAGGACAUGGAGCAAUCCUCUUCCUUGGGCUGGUGGGUGCCAGCGACCCGCCCAUGUGCUAUGCUGCUGAUGCUCUCCCCGAGGGAUCUCUUACCACUUCACAUCCAGGUGACCCUCAAAGUGUCCUUAUUAACUGUUCUGCUGAGACUUGGCUGCCACGUGCGUGACCUGGGGACCGAGAAGCUGAAUUUCAGUGUGUGUUUAUGCCGGUGGGGAAGGGAGCUGGCUCCGCUGUUUCCCUCAGUGCUUCUCCAGGUGCUGGAUGUGCAGACCUGCCCCUGCUCCUGCGGGUGUCUGUGCAGGGGCGGGAGCUGUGAGUUGCCUUAAAGAGAGUUCCAGCUCCCAGAGCGAGCAGUGAGGCAUCACGACAGCUGACCUGAGUUGCGAAUAGCCAACUUCCUGAAGCUAGAAUCUUCCUCCUAGGUAAACUUGCUGAAAAAUCACUGUAAGAUAACUGUAAAAACUUGUAGAGAAUAUUUUCUAAUCACUGACGAACUAAAAGCACUUUGAGACACGAGUCUGUUUUUAUGGAAAGCACUUUCUCUUUUCAAUGCUCUAAGUACCACUGGUUCCACUCCAGCUUAGCCUGCCUGGCACACACCUGGAUGUGGCCUGCAAGCAGAUCCUGCUCUACAAUUCAGCUCAAAAAUCAGGGAUAAAUUUUCCUUCACAGUGGAAUCCUCAAAAGUUAUCUUGGUAUUCGAGUCCUGUCAUUGACAUUCUGUGUUUUGUGUUAUCUCCAGCUUUACCUAAUAAUUUAACAGCCCUUUCAGAUACUGCAGCAGCUUUAAAGUGUUCUGAACUUUACUUUGCUGUGAAUAAAAUGAAAAUGCAAAUACAAUAA